UUUAGACGUUGACGAUCCCAAAACGAAGUUUGCGAAAAUGGCGGCCCCCAGACAGCGGGAUAGUAAACAUGGUAUUAUGAAAGGAAUUAAAAGAGAACGUUCUGGUGAAGCUGUCAAUCAAUCUGGUGUUAAAAAGAGACUGAUAGAACAAGUUAAAACAGAGACAGAGGAUUCUAAAGAUGAAGUGAAAGUUACUCCAGUAAAAGGUUCCAAAGUUGACAGAAGUCGUUCAUGUCCUUAUUUGGACACAAUCAACAGAUCUCUUUUAGAUUUUGAUUUUGAGAAACUUUGUUCAGUGUCUUUGUCACAUAUCAAUGUUUAUGCCUGUCUGGUUUGUGGAAAAUAUUUUCAAGGUCGAGGUAACAACACUCAUGCUUAUACCCACAGUGUAUUUGAAGGUCAUCAUGUAUUUUUAAAUUUACAAACUCACAAGUUUUACUGUAUUCCUGAUAAUUAUGAAAUAAAAGAUUCUUCUCUCGAAGAUAUUAUAUAUGUGUUAAAUCCAACGUUUACAGCUCGAGAUAUCAAGAGAUUAGAUAUUACAGCCAAGAUGUCCAGAGCUUAUGAUAAUACAACUUAUCUUCCUGGUAUUGUUGGUUUAAAUAACAUCAAAGCUAACGAUUACUGUAAUGUUAUUCUACAGUCGUUAUCCCAUGUUACACCAUUGAGAAAUUUCUUCCUGCAAGAAGAGAAUUAUAAAAAGAUAAAACGACCACCAGGGGAUCAGAUGGUUCUCCUCGUCCAGAGAUUCGGAGAAUUAUUACGUAAACUAUGGAAUCCGAGAAAUUUUAAAGCUCACGUUAGUCCUCAUGAGAUGUUACAAGCUGUUGUUCUGUGUAGUCGCAAAAAAUUUCAGAUCACACAACAAGGUGACCCUAUAGAUAUGCUGUCAUGGUUUUUAAACUCUCUACACACGGCUAUGAACGGAACAAAGAAACUGAACAGCUCCAUAAUCAAUAAAACAUUUCGUGGAAAGAUGAAAGUUUGUUCUAGAAAAGAACCAGCCGUUGAUCUAACCGAUCAGGAGAAAGCUCAGCUUAUGCUGACACCUGAUUAUAAAGAAACUAUCGAGGAAAUCCCCUGGUUGUAUCUAACAUGUGACAUACCAGCCCCUCCUCUUUAUCCCGAUGAACUACGUGAAAACAUUAUCCCGCAGGUGCCCUUUGCGACUGUUCUCUCCAAAUUUAAUGGAACAUCAGAGAAAGAGUAUAAGACCCAUAAGGACAGUACCUUUAAGAAAUUUGAACUGACUCGACUACCUCAGUUUAUCAUCAUCUACUUUAAGAGAUUUACUAAGAAUUAUUUUGUAUUUGAGAAGAAUCCAACUAUUGUUAAUUUUCCUAUCAAGAAUAUAGAUUUUGGUGAUUUAUUAUCACCUGAAGUACGAGCAGCACAUCGUAAUACUGUUUACGAUUUAAUGGCUAAUGUGGUACAUGAUGGGGAACCCGGGCCGGGAAAAGGAACGUACAGAUGUCAUAUACAACAUAAAGGUACAGGUAAAUGGUACGAGAUGCAAGAUUUACAUGUGGCUGAUAUAUUACCUCAGAUGAUAACAUUAUCAGAAAGUUAUAUACAGAUAUUUGAGGUGAGAAAAGACAUACCUAAUCCAUUUUAUAAAAAACGUGCUGAUGAUGACAUGGACCUGGAAACACCAACUGAAUCCUGAAACACUAACUUGAUGUACCUGAACGACGAGCUGAUGACAUGGACCUGGAAACACCAACUGAAUCCUGAAACACUAACUUGAUGUACCUGGACAACGAGCUGAUGUCAUGGACCUGGAAACACCAACUGAAUCCUGAAACACUAACUUGAUGUACCUGAUACUCGUAACAACUUACUGGAUGAUAAACACAUGCUGGUUGUUGGUGAUGAUCUAUAGACAGCUGUUGAUUCAUCAUGUACAACCGUUAAUUCAAGGGUUAGGGUUCAACAUGAUGUACAACCUAUCUGUUACUUCUGUAUCGUUUUUUCAAGGGUUAGGGUUAGGGUAUGACAGCUGUUGAUUCAUCAUGUACAUUCUGUUUGUUGCUUCUGUACAGUUUAUUCAAGGGUUAGGGUUAGGCAGCUGUUGGUUCAUGAUGUACAAUCUGUCUGUUGCUUCUGUACUGUUUAUUCAGAAAGAAUUUAAAACAUGUUUUAAAACAUAACUCUUGGCCACAUCAAAACAAACCCACCACACUGAUUAGCAGUGAAUAUUCGCUUGGCCUCUACUGUCACUGAUAGGGAUGAAAUCUGUGCUGCUUAAUGAUCCUCCAAUAUAAAUUUUUUUCCUUCUGCAAAUGAAAAUCUGUAACAUUUUCUUUAAGUAUUAGAAAAAUAAAGGUGUUUGAAAUAUAUUUAGGUAAACAAUAUUCCCUGUGUAUGUAAAAUAGGUGUGUAAAAUGAGUAAAAGUCUCCAUUCUGCCCGCACUAUUAUAUAAUGUAUACACUGUAUAUGUUAUAUUUACUAGUGUGAAUUAUAUAAUGUAUACACUGUAUGUAUAUUGUAUAAUGUAUACAUUGUAAUAUGUUAUAUAUACUAGUGUGUAUUAUAUAAUGUAUAUAUUAUACUAGUAUGAGUUAUAUAAUGUAUACAUUGUUGCUAGUAUAUAUGUGUUUUAUAUAACAUCUACAUUCUAGUAUAAAUAUGUAGAAGUGUAUAUACUGUAUACAAGGUCAUAUAUACUAGUAUAUUGUAUACAUUGUAUAUGUUAUAGAAUUAUGCUAGUAUACAUUGUAGAUUCUAUAGUAUUACUAUGUUAAAUUAUGUAUGUUUUGUAAUAUAAACAAUGUAUACAUUGUGUAUAUAUACAUGUACUAGUAUGUAUAUGUGUUAUAUAAUAUAUACUAUAUACAUUGUGUAUAUAUACUAGUAUGUAUGUGUUAUAUAAUAUAUACUAUAUACAUUGUGUAUAUAAUACUAGUAUGUAUGUGUUAUAGAAUGUAUACAUUGUGUAUGUAUACUAGUGUUUAUGUGUUACAUAAUAUAUACUAUAUACAUUGUGUAUAUGUAGUAUGUAUUUUAUAUAUUGUGUAUACCGGUACAGUGUACAUAAUAAACAAGUUAGGGUUUAAUUUUGUGUAAAAUGUACAUCUUGGCUUACACUUAUUAUAUGUUCACAUUAAAGCCAU